GAUAUUUGUCAGUCAGAAAACUCCUCUUCUACUUCUCCUCCUUCACACCCUUUCACAAACAUUGCUAACACACUGACACAUGUUCAGCCAAACACAGUACAACAGGAGAAAUAAAAUAAGAUAGAGAGAAGUAGAUAGAGAGAUUUCUUUCUUGGUCAGCACAGAACAACAACAUUUUCCCCGAAAUUCAGGGGUGAAUUUUCAAACACCAAGUUUCAAGGCGAGGUUUUUUUUUGUUUUUAUUUUAGUUUUUCUUUUGCUAUUUUUAAUAAUUCCUUUCCCAAGGACUUCAAAAUUCUUUGGAGGACUUGUUGUCUUGGCACACUGCCAGGGUUGGCCAAUUCUAUAGGGAGAAAUGCAGGAAUUACAUCCCAUCGGAGGAGGAAGGCUUUUCGUCGGUGGCGGCGGCGGAAGUGACAGGAGGCUGAGGCCCCACCACCACAACAACCUCCAGCAGGCGUUGAAGUGCCCCCGCUGUGACUCCCUCAACACCAAGUUCUGCUACUACAACAACUACAACCUCUCUCAGCCCCGCCAUUUCUGCAAGAACUGCCGAAGGUACUGGACGAAAGGCGGCGUCCUCCGUAACGUCCCCGUCGGCGGCGGUUGCCGGAAAUCAAAGCGCUCCAACAAGCCCAAGAACAACACCAACAACAACUCAUCCUCGUCCUCAGAAAUAGCUUCAGCUACCACACCUAACCCGCAAGCAGGGCCACAGCCACCAGAGCCAGAGCGCAAAUCCAACUCGAACUCCAGCAGCGAAAGCUCCACCCUCACCGCCGCCGCCGCCGCCGCCGCCACAACAGAGGCGAUGUCGGCGCUGACAUCAAACGCUGCAUCGAACAACAACUUGUUAUUGGACAACUUUCGCGAGUCGAAGUUGUUCAACAACCCUGUUUUGGAGUCGGAACAAGGUGGUGGUGGUGGAGAUCACUGUGGCAUUUUCUCUGAUAUAGGUAGCUUCACGAGCCUCAUAGCUUCCCCAAACGAAGCAUUGCCGUUUGGGUUUGGUAAUAACGUCCUUGAUGCGUCGUCGUUUCGGUUCAGCGCUACUCAUCAGCAUGGGAAUGAUCAGCUACAAGCAGCACCAGGUGGUGACCAGUGGCAACAGCAGAAGAUGUUGGGCAUGAGCAUGAGCACUGAUCAUCAUCAUCAGCAUGAGUUCAUGCUCGAUCACACGGUGCCUCUUGAGUUUUCUACUCUGCAAAAUAAAACUGGGCAUGGAGGAUUUGGAUCGUUGGAUUGGCAUGCUGGUACAGAUCAAGGUUUGUUUGAUCUUCCUAACACCGUUGAUCAGGCUUACUGGACUCACACUCACUGGUCUGAUCAAGACAAUCCCACUCUCUUUCAUCUUCCCUGAAAAGCCUCGAUAUAUUUUUUUUCCCCUAUAACUUAAGAAAAGAGCAAAGAAUAUUUGAAAUUUGAAUGAGAACCUGGAGGAUAUCUCACAUAAUUACGAGAUGUAAAUUUUUUUCCUUUUGUUUUUGGGUGGUGAUUGGGUUUGAUCUCAGUGAUGUGCAUGUGCAACUAACUUCCAUGUUAGUUU